AUGCCUUUACCAGUAUCGACGCUCGUCGUCGAUUUUGGCGUUGUUGCACCAUUGCGAGAGCUGGGGACGUCAAUCCAAGCUGUCCCUCGUGAUCGCCCUGUCCGUGGGGAGCGGGACCCCUUCGCCGAAGCUGACGAAGACACCGGCGAGUCUAAGCAGUCUCAGAACUACAUACACAUACGCAUUCAACAGCGCAAUGGUCGGAAGACCUUGACCACCGUCCAGGGCCUUCCGAAGAAGUUUGAUCAGAAGAAGAUCCUGAAAGUGAUCAAGAAGAAGUUCGCCUGCAAUGGUACCAUUGUCCACGACAGUGAGAUGGGGGAGGUGAUCCAGCUGCAGGGCGACCAGCGCAAGGAUGUUCAAGAAUUCUUGUGUGACAAGAAGGAAGGACUCGAGCUCGACGCCAAGAACAUCAAGGUCCAUGGGUUCUAA